AUGUUGCGUGUGCUUCGUGCCUCGCUGCUGUUAGUAGUAGUUGCGCUCGCGCACCCCUCCCACGAAGUGGAUGUGUACCACAAAAUGUUGCGUGGCUCCGGUACACCAUCGCUAGGCCGCGAGGCGGAGAUAGAUCCGCAGUUCUGGGCUAGCGAGGCAAGAGCCGCUAUCGAGGCGAAGCUGCGCCGCACCGAGCCCACGGGCAGAGCGCGCAAUGUCGUCAUGUUUUUGGGCGACGGAAUGUCCGUGCCCACGCUCACCGCCGCACGUACUCUACUCGGCCAGCGACAGGGUGCUAGUGGAGAGGAGGCGCAACUCGAGUUCGAGAAAUUUCCUACCACCGGAUUGUCCAAGACUUACUGCGUAGACGCACAGAUCGCAGACUCAGCGUGUUCAGCCACGGCAUACUUAUGCGGCUCCAAGGCUAAUAGCGGCACCAUCGGCGUCAGCGCCGCCGUGCCGCGCUACCACUGUACUGCGGCCACUGAUUCCAACAAUCACGUGCAUUCCAUUGCCGACUGGGCGCUCAGUGACGGCCGAGACGCUGGUAUAGUUACAACGACGCGGGUGACGCAUGCCUCGCCGGCCGGUACCUACGCCCACACAGCGAACCGCGACUGGGAGAGCGAUACAGAUGUUGAGUGCGAGGAGCCGCGCCCCCGAGACAUUGCACUGCAACUGGUGCACGACCACCCCGGUGACAAGUUCAAAGUCAUCCUAGGCGGUGGACGGAGGGAGUUUUUACCAAAUACAGUCUACGACGAAGAGGGCACGCAAGGUAGAAGAUCCGAUGGGAGGAACCUGAUUGAAGAGUGGCAGGAAAAUAAGAAGACGCUCAACGUCAGCUAUCAGUAUAUAUGGAAUCGCAAGCAGCUACUGGACACAGCGUCGGAUCCACCGGAAUUCUUGCUCGGUUUGUUUGAAGGCAGUCACAUGCAGUAUCAUAUGCAGGCAGAUCCAGAUACGGAGCCGACUCUAGCGGAGCUCACUGAAGUAGCCAUCCGCUCAUUGAGUCGGAAUGAAAACGGCUUCUUCUUGUUCGUUGAGGGUGGCCGUAUCGAUCACGCUCAUCACGACAACUUAGCCCAAAUGGCCUUGGACGAGACCAUCCAGAUGAGCGAGGCGGUGGCCCGCGCGGCCUCCAUGCUGUCGGAGGAGGAUUCACUAAUUGUAGUGACAGCGGAUCACGCCCACGUCAUGAACAUUAAUGGGUACACGGCGCGCGGCAGCAGCAUCAUCGGCCCGUCAGACUCUGUCGGAGACGACGCUGUGCCCUACUUGACACUGUCGUACGGCAACGGGCCCGGCUUCCGUCCGCACACAGAGGCCGGCGUACGCGAGGACAUCACUGAAAACGAUUACCUGGACGUGAUGUUUCGGUUCGAGGCAUUGGUGCCGUUGGACGAAGAGACCCACGGAGGCGACGACGUGGCGGUGUUCUCGCGCGGCCCCCACCACUCCAUGUUCUCCGGACUGUACGAGCAGAACCACAUCCCGCACUUGAUGGCAUACGCGGCGUGCCUCGGUCCCCCGCCUAAUGCAUGUCAAACUAUUUCUACUUAA